CCCACCCUGUGCCUUAGGAUGCAGAAACACACGCACCAGCUGUCGCUUCAAGGCACAUAAAGCUGGAGGAGCCUGUGGGGCCAAGGCCGCAGUGCCCUCUGGAGGGCUUCCACCCAACACACUCCGCCCAGCACAGAGGCAUUUGCUCGGGAUCAAAGUCCUACCACAAGAGGCCGCGCAGAGACUGGACAGCCCGGGGCCUGGCAACAGCCGGGCUCAGAGCCACCCCACCAUGGACGCCCUGGUGCGCCUCCUGCAGCUGCUGGUGCUGCUGCUGACCCUGCCACUGCACUUGAUGGCUCUGCUCGGCUGCUGGCAGCCGCUCUGCAAAAGCUACUUCCCCUACCUCAUGGCUGUGCUGGCUGACAAGACCAACCGCAGGAUGGAGAGCAAGAAACGGGAGCUAUUCAGUCAGAUAAAGAAAAUCAAGGGGGCCUCUGGGAAGGUAGCCUUGCUGGAGCUGGGCUGUGGCACAGGUGCCAAUUUCCAGUUCUACCCUCCUGGCUGCAAAGUCACCUGCCUGGAUCCGAACCCCAAGUUCGAGAAGUUCCUGAUGAAGAGCAUGGCCGCGAACAAGCACCUGCAGUAUGAGCGGUUCGUGGUGGCUCCGGGGGAAGACAUGCACGAGGUGGCCGACAACUCCAUGGAUGUGGUGGUCUGCACACUGGUGCUGUGCUCUGUGCAGAGCCCAAAGAAGGUCCUGCAGGAGGUGCGGAGGGUGCUGAGACCGGGUGGCGUGCUGUUUUUCUUGGAGCAUGUGGCUGAGCCGCGGGGCAGCUGGGCCCUGAUGUGGCAGCAGGUCCUGGAGCCCACCUGGAAGCACAUCGGGGACGGCUGCUUUCUCACCAGAGAGACCUGGAAGGACCUGGAGAAGGCCCAGUUCUCCAACGUCCAAAUGGAGCGACAACCGCCUCCCAUAAAGUGGCUGCCCGUGGGGCCCCACAUCAUGGGCAAGGCUGUGAAAUAAGCUUCCUCCAAAGCACCUCGCCCAUCCCCAGCCCAAGCCACCUUCUAUGAUAGGGAUCUGCUGCAAGAAUGAGACCCCACAAACACCCUCGUUCCUCUUCCCCUCACCCC